UUGAGAUCACGUAUAUUCGCCUGAAAUUUUACUCACCGCGGCCGGAAAGUUUUGCAAUCUACAAGCGUACGUGUCAAGAUUGUCCUUGGAUACCGUAUCAGUAUUACAGUGGCUCUUGUCGGUCAACGUACAACCUCCCUGACAGUGAAUAUGUCAGCUAUGCUGAUGAAACGUUGGCUCUCUGUACCAGUGAAUUCAGUGACAUCUCACCACUUACAGGAGGAAAUAUUGCUUUCAGUACGCUUGAAAAUAGACCGAGUGCAAGGAAUUUUGAUAACAGUGCUGUUUUGCAGGAUUGGGUAACAGCUACUGAUAUUCUGGUCAUGCUGACGAGAUUAAACACAUUUGGAGAUGAAGUUUUUAGGGUACCAAAUGUUCUGCGAUCAUACUUCUACGCCAUCACAGAUUUCUCAAUUGGUGGAAGGUGUAAAUGCAAUGGUCACGCCAGCCGGUGCAUUGAAGCACCCAACGAUCCCGACAACCGUCUUGUGUGUCAGUGUGAACAUAACACAGCAGGUCCAGACUGUGGCGAAUGUCUCCCUCUUUACAAUGACAGGAAGUGGAGGAGAGCAACCGCUGGGAACGCAAAUCAAUGCAUGAGAUGUAACUGCAAUUUCCACGCUGACCGUUGCUUCUUCGAUGAAGAUCUUUUUAACCGAACAGGCUCCGGUGGUCACUGCAUGGAAUGCCGUGAUGACACCGCUGGUGUUAGUUGUGAGCGUUGCCGUGACAACUACUUCAGGACGUCUCCAGAUGCCCGGUGCCAGCCAUGUAACUGUGACCAAACAGGAUCAUUGAACCAGCAGUGUGAUAGUGCAGGACGUUGCCAGUGCAAGGUGGGAGUAGGAGGAGAUAAGUGUAACCAGUGUCUCCCUAACUACUAUGACUUCAGUGAAGGUGGAUGCAGGAGUUGUGAAUGUGUACGUGCAGGAAGUCUAGACAACAAUCCAGACUGCAACCAGGGUACGGGUCUCUGCAACUGUAAACUUCAUGUUGAAGGAAGGGACUGUGAGACCUGCAAACCUGGUUUCUUCAACCUGCAAGAGUCUGAUGAGUUUGGAUGUCUCCCUUGUUUCUGUCAUGGGCAUUCAGCAUCCUGCUCCUCUGCUCCCGGGUACGAGAUUGCCUACAUCGAAUCAAACUUCAAUACAGGUCUUGAUGGAUGGAAGGCUGAGAGACGAGGUGGAGGAGAAGAGCUGCUUGUUUAUAAUGCCAUCAGGCAGGACAUUGGCAUUGCAACUGUUGAUAACCAACCUAUGUAUUUUGUUGCUCCAGAGGAAUACCUUGGUAACAAACUCUUCAGCUAUGGCCAAGAACUGAGCUUCAAGCUUCGCCUCGGUAGUGACGAUGUAGGUCUCAGCGUGGAAGAUCUUGUGCUUGAAGGAAAUGGUAGGCAGAUCUCUGCUCCGCUGGUUGCCCAGGGCAAUCCGCAACCAGGAGUCUACCCGCAAAAAUAUACCUUCAAAUUGCGAGCCGAGGAGGACAUGGGUUGGGUUCAGCGACCUUCAGCAUUUGAGUUUCAGAGUCUCCUUUCCAACCUGACUGCCAUCAAGAUCAGAGCAACCUACAGCGAUAGAGGUCAAGGAUUGCUUGAUGACGUCCGUCUAGUCAGUGCCCGGCGGUCAGUCGGUCCUCAAGGCAGCAGGGCUUCGUUUGUAGAGCUGUGUAGCUGCCCAACAGGAUAUGUUGGUCAGUUCUGCGAGUCCUGUGCUGCUGGUUACCGCAGGGACCCCUACGGAAAUGGACCCUUCACCCGAUGCAUCCCAUGCGAGUGUAAUGGCCAUGCUGACUACUGUGAUGUAGACACUGGUGAAUGUAUCUGCAACCACAACACCAUGGGACUGAGCUGUGAGCUAUGUCAGGAUGGUUACUAUGGUAACGCCCUGGAGGGCACACCCUACGACUGCCAGCCAUGCCCUUGUCCUGGUGGAACCAACUGCUUUGUUGAUAACCUGGGUGAGGUCGUCUGUACCGAGUGCCCUGAUGGCUAUGUUGGAAACCGGUGCGAUUACUGUGCUGAUGGAUUUUAUGGUGACCCAACUGGAAUCCAGGGAGAACGAACAGCCUGCGGACAGUGCUACUGUAACUACAACAUCGACCCUAACGCUGUCGGCAACUGUGACAGGUUCACCGGAGAAUGUCUCAAGUGUGUCUUCAACACAGGAGGAUUCUAUUGUGAGAAUUGUUUACCCGGUUUCUAUGGAAAUGCACUAGGUACUCCCAAGGGGGAACAGUGUCAACCCUGUGACUGCUACGCCGGUGGCUCAACCAGCAAUGAAUGCGAGCAGACCAGUGGCCAGUGUAGCUGUCUGCCGUACGUGAGCGGCCGUGACUGCAGCGAAUGCUACCCCGGCUACUGGAACAUCGACAGUGGGCGCGGCUGUGAGCCGUGCUACUGCGAGAGCACCGGGUCAACGUCCGACCAGUGCGACAUCCGCACCGGUCAGUGUCCCUGCAAGCCAGGAGUGACCGGUCAGCGAUGUGACGAGUGCCAGUAUGACCACUAUGACUACUCGGUGACAGGAUGUACUCCAUGCGAAUGCAACCCACAAGGCUCCCUGUUCUCCAAUUGCACAGACGAGGGUGUGUGCGAAUGCCGACCAGGUGUUAUUGGGGACAAGUGCGAUUCGUGUGAGGAAAACUUCUACAACAUUGCUCUGGGCUGUAUACCAUGCCCCGAGUGCUACAAUUUGGUGAGGGAUAACGUGAACGUGCAUCGCCUCAACCUUGACGCACUCAGGGACAAGAUCAACCAGAUUUCCAGCAACCCCACCGUCAUCAACGAUACCGACUUUGAGAGGCGACUGAGGGAGCUCGAAGGUCUCCUAAAUCAGACUAUUGAUGAUGCUCAGAGAGCAACAGCUGAGGACCGUACCUUAGCUGAUAAUCUGAACGCCAUUAAGGAUGAUCUGGGAGAUCUCAGAGAUGCCUUAGCUCGCAUCAGGGCCAAGAUCAACGAGGCAGAUGGAGUAACCCAGGAUGCCAAACAAGAUGUUGCGGAGGCUAUGGCCAUCAUAGAACGUCUGAAGAGGAUGUUGCCUGAUGCCCAAGAUUACCUUGAUAACGAGGGUUGGGCCUUGUUGGACAGACUCAGGGGACUUACUGCCAACAUGUCGGCUCAGGACAGGCUCAUGCAGGAAAUGGCAAGAGAGGCUACACAGCUAGCUGACAACCACACUCGUAUGGCUUUGAUGGUUGAGGAGACCUCUCAGGAAGCUCUUGAGAUUGCCUACCAGGCCUUAGAGGCUGCAAGAAACAGUGGGACUGGUGGAGACCUGGAGGCGAUGGUGGAAUCGGUGGAGCGCAACUACGUUGAUGCCCAAGAACUGUUCAACCAAGCUUCCCAAGCUGCUGAUGAAUGCUUUGACAGGGCACAACGUGCUGCUGAAGAAGCGCUACGUUUACUCACCAAGGCGAACAUGCCCCUCUCACCGCUCGAUGUCAAUUCCCUCCUCGAGGCUGCCAAUGAUCACAGCUAUAGAGCAGCGGGACUGAUUGGUGAAGCUAACGAUCUGAGGAGAGAGAAUAUACAGCUACUGGGUCAGAUUGCAGAUGAUGCUCAAAGAGCUGCAGAGCUUCUUCAGCAAGCCGAGGAUGCAGAAAAGGGCAUCGCCCGUCUGCUUGCGCAGGCCGAUGCUGCUCGAGCCAUCGCCAAUGAAGCGAGGAUGAGUGCAGAGCAAACCCUACAAGAAGCCAAAGAAAUCCUCAAGACAUUGCAAGGAUUCAACGAGCAGAUUGAACAAAGCAAACAAGAGGCUGAUGAUGCCAAGCUUAGAAUCCCCGAUAUCGAGGCCAUGAUUGACCGUGCUAACAUGACGGCCCACAAUGCAUCUGAUGCCAUUAGUAAUGCAGAGGGUGACGCCAUGGCGGCCAGGAACUUUGCCAGGUUGGCAGAAGAAAAUGCCACUGCGGCUUCAGAGGCUGCGAGAGCAGUCAAGACAGAUGCUGAAGCCACCAAGCUGGAGGCUCAGGAACAGAAAGACCGUGCCGAUGACAUGAAAGAUGAUGCCACUGAACUCAUGAUGAAACUCAAUGCUACUGAAGCACAGGCAAAGGAGGAUGGUGAUAUGGCAGAUUUGGCUCAGGAGAAAGCAAAUGCUGCAAAACAGGUAGCGGGUGCCGCAGUACAGGCUGCACAAAACGCUCUAGAUCAGCUCCAGAUGAUAAAAGCAGAGCUUGAUGGGGCAGGUUCCAUAGAUCUUGAGAGACUUCAAGACCUUGAGGACGAUUACCUCAACAUCAACGCCACCAUCCUCUUAGACUUCAGGCUAGACGAUACCAUGAAUGAACUAAGAGGUUAUGCUGCUCAACAAGAAGGCUGGAUCUCAGCAUAUCAAUUUGAUCUUAGUGAAAUAAGAAAAGAGAUUGCUAAUGUGGAAGAAAUCCGGGAUGCUUUGCCUGAGUUCUGUCCGAAUGAAAGUGAGCUAGAACCAUAAGAACACCUUGCAUGCCUCUCUUUCUUCCCCCCAAAAAGGUCGCUUCUACGGGGUGUGUGAACAAUAGGAUAGUUGACUCUGCUUAAUUGGGGUAGUCGCUCGGAAAUACAUAAAGUCAGAUCAUGAAAUUCUUAUUUAAAAGAAACACCUUGAAGGGUCACCCUUUGUAGUGCAAACUAUAGAUAUCACUCAUUCCUGUGGCAACACUUUGCGCAAAUGAGUAAAUAAGUAUUUUUAGCACUUAAGGUUUUUCACCAAAUGUACUGGUAGUACAACCAUCUAUAGCAAGCCAUUUAUACAAUUGUUUGUGAUUGAAUUAUUGUACCAUGCAAAUCACUCAUAAUGCACAGUAGUAUUUUUUUUAAUCAGUAAACCUGAAAAAUAUGUCAGUUUUGAAAAUAUGUGAUUAUAUUUGUAAUAGACUUUGGUGAGGACAAACAAUGACCAGUAUGGCCUGCCAUAGUAAUGUGUAAUUUAAUUCAAUAUUGGGUCAGACAUUCUAUUGUAUAUAGAAUAAGUGACCCAGAGACUCUUUUCAAGCCAUCAGUCAAUUCAACUAGGUGGAAUGAAACUCUGACUUGUAUCUGACCGCAUGGACAUGUGUUUUGAUUUUAUUCUAGUUUAGCGCCAUCCAAUUAAACAAAGUCAACUGUCUUUAGUGUUAAUAAAGAAGUUAUUAUGAGAAAGCAGUCAUUGUUGAAGUUGGAGUACAACCAAGACUGAAGGUCAAAAGAUCAAUGCUUUUUCUUUGUUGUUCAUCAUCAACAUGCUAGUCUAAGCAAGUCAGACCCUACGCUGAAAAUGUUAAUCCAAAUCCACAUAAUGCUUAAAAACUUAUUUCCCACCAUGGAUCCCACUGUCUAUCCUCUGCAUACCCUUUGAAAAUUUCUCUUCUUUCAUCUGGAAUCCCUACAAGAGUAAAAAAAGUGAAUUCAGCCCGCAACUUGUCAGAGGAAGCAAAAAGAAAUAUCCAUGCCAACUUUAAAUGCAACAGUAAAUACGUAUUAUAUUAUGUAAUGUAUUUGUGCAUUAUUUUUUAAAAGCCUUUCAUUAUUUAUGACCCUAAUUCCUCAUGUUUACACUGUAAUUAUCAAAUUGGCAACAUACUUCAUAUGCUGCACCAUGCAAACAAACUUUGUUAACACGUAAGUUCAUGUGUUACUUGCAACUCUUUAUAAAAAAAAAUCUAUUUUUAAAAUUAACCAUUAAAGCAUUUAUGUGUUAUAUUAAUCAAUUGCUGUGCGUUUUUUUCUAUUCCUUUUAUCAUACUGUUUCAAAAGUUUGUUGACAUCUAUUGUGUACAUAUUUAGCUGUUCAUUUAUAAUUAUGAAAGAAUUUAUCUUCAACAAUGCAUUAUUUAAGGACCUCCUAAGUAUAUUGUUUGAUAAUCCAUAUUAUGAAUGGCCAAUCGCGGAAAACGAACGCCCUUAUUUGUAAGAGUUAAUUCAGCUUUUAAUCACAGGAGUCGGUAAUAAUGAUUCAGUGUUCAAUAUUGCAAUGAACUGUGUAUCAAGGAACUGUAUUUUUAUUAUCACCCAGAAUAAACUAUGGAAAUAUUGGCUGAAAUGAAAGUGAAAUCGAUAAGCCAAACUAUUCCUUGAUCUCAAAAUUAGGUGAUACUUUGAUGGAAAAAUCAAACUGCGAGUCAAUGUAUACUUAUAAAUGUCUACUUAAAUUGCUCGGUACCAAACCAGUUACACUGCCAUUUGUUAUUAGAUUUGUAGAUUUAGAAAUCUUCUUUCAGUGUGUAUUCUAUCCUCAUGACAUACUAAAAUCUUCCUAAUUUGCUUCCAAAUCCACUGUCAAAAAAAGAAGCAUUAAAUUUCCGAUAACAUUUCAUUUUAUAUAAAUAAUGAUUAUUGAAACUGGUUGUCAGGGAUUGUGAUACAUUGAAAAUUAUCUAUUUAAAUAUUCUGUGUAUAUAUAUAUAUUUUUGAAGAGCUUUGAUUAGAUUGGUUUUGCCAGUACUGCCUCUUGUGAGAGGUAGAACCUAUAUAGCAGUUUUAGAGCAGUGCUAGUACCCCUAUAUUUAGCAUUACCAUUUAAACAUUUCAAUAAUUUUAUAUCCCUCGCACAACUGUGUAAUCUUUGAACUGGUAAAUCUGACAAACAUGGUAUUUGGGAAAGCAUUUUUCGAAAAAAAAUCUUGAUAUUGCAAGCUUGUUCCUCUAUUUUUAACAAUGGUAUAUAUUGUACAUACGUAGAUAUUGGGAGAUGAUAAUAUUUUGUAUCUAUGAAUAGCCCAAAAUGCUGUCAUUUUGAUUGAAACGUAAAUUUGAAAACUCCGUGUUGUGUUUUAUUUAGAUAGAUAGCUGUUAGCUUUCUAGAAAUAAAGAUUAAGCGUGUCUAUUUAAAGUAUGAUAAAUCAUGUAUUUAUUCUUGUAUGUAAUUGCAUAAUGUCUAUGAGGAAGUCUAACAGGAAUUCUUUGUAUGUGUAUAGCUUACUUAUUAAUAUCGUGAACUGUCUUUUGUAAACCAAUUAUGCAUUGCAACAAAAAAAUGGUGCUAUUUUCACACUUAUGAGGAGGUUGACAAAAAUAUGCAGUAUAUACAUGUAUUUGACAAGUGUACUUCAAACAAUAUCAGUAUUCUUGUCUUUCUAGGUGUGAGUUGUGUUUUAUGCUUCAAGGAAAAUCAUUUUGUAAUCCGUUGAAGAGACUUCAGAGGUGUAUUGUGAGCUUUUCUACAUGCAGGAUGUGCAUGUGGUGCUCAGCCCCAUUUUGCGAAUACCUUAUUGGUUACUUCUAUUUAAUUAAUGACCUGUGGAGAAUUUAAUUUUUGCUUCCAAUAUUACAGACAUUUUAAUGAAAAUCUUGAAAAAAUAUCUUGCUUAGUGUGGUAUAAUUUGACAUAUAUAAACAUACUCCUGACAUUUUUAACUAUGUUAGGGUUGUGUAUGUUCUGAUGCAAUGUAUGCUUUUUUAUUGAAAUGUCCGUGAUAUUCAUCUUCCAACUCUGGAAAUUCAGUUCCUUUGUAGUUGAAAUAAAGUCCUGCAAAAUUAUGCAUGAGCUUACUGAAAUGGGAGCUGUGCACAGGUAAUACUCCUCCAUUAUGAUGCUUCUCUUUCAAAGUUACCUUUAAGCUAUAUGCAUGAUGUUUCUUGGAAUCAAUAUCUAUUUAUAUUUUUGGAGUAAACACUGGAAUUGUUUUAAAAAUACACAUUUAGUAAGCUCAGGAGUGAAGCGAUCACUUUUAUUUUAAAUAUAGUAUGUUGGAUUUGGAAUACCGUCUUCAUAAAUAAACCAGCCCAAGGGAAAAUGAAAAAAUAGUCUGUUAUUCGUGUUGUUUCUGUUCUCUUCUUCACUUUUUGUUGAGAUAUGUCACAUUCGCAUCAAUGAAUUAUACUGUAGACUGAAAAAACAAUUGUCUUUGUAUGAAUUUGACCUUCACAAUAUCCACGGUCUUACCAUGGGAGGGGGUAUGUGAUACCCCUUCACCUAAAACAGUACCCUUUUUUACCAUUUUGAGAUGUGAUUUUCUUGUUGCUUACAUGCUGGUCAAACAUUUUCUAGGUGCAAGUACUUUUUUCUUGGAAAUCACUGCCUCUUUAUUUUGUGUGGGGAAGGAGGAGGGGGGUCUUGUCAACAUGAUUUUGUCAAAGGACCCCCCCCCCUUAAUUUUUCCAGGCUUGUUAGUCUGGUGGUGCUGUUGGUAUGACCAUGUCAUUGAGAGUUAACUUACUCUCAGAAUACAAAGAGGAAGAAGAAAGGAGAGAUGAGAAAUAAAGAAAUGAGGACCCAUCAGAGAGAAUGUCUACAUUGUCGCCCAGGUUCUGCAUCAAAAAAAUGUGCCAUCAACUCUACAAUGGCCAAACAAUAACUUUGGCAUGAAAGUGUUUGUCCAAUAGACUGAACUGUAACCAAUGAGUUCUGCAAUUGAUAGCAACCUUUAGGGAGCCUUGGGCCCUGUAACACAAAGUUUAAAAAUUGAUCGUACAGUUGGUUAUUAGUCAUUAAGCAUUAUGGUCAAUGCAAUCAAAAGCAAUAUUGUUGUUCUGUGAUCAAUCACUUAGUUACCUGUAACAGGGUCCUGGUUAACACUUUCAAGGAUUGAUAAAGAGAAAUGACAAAUUUGAGGGAUGCCAGUCUUCAGGCAAAAAGCCUGAAUUCAGGCUCUGGCAAUUUAUUUUCAGGCCAUACUUUUUGGCAUUUUUGUGUACAAAAUAUUGUAUUUUAGGUGAUUUUCAGGCCCUCUGAUCAAUUCCAACUGGCAUCCCUAAAGUUUGCAAGGAAAUACAAUGAGAAAAUGUUGUUGAGAGGGGACCAAAUUGACAGAUAGAAAUUAUUCAUCAGAGAGAAAUAGAAAUUCCAUCCCCUUCUCUUUCACUCUUUUUUUUUUCUUUAGCAUGUUCUUCCCUCUUCCUUUCUUUCUCUCUCUCUUACCCACACACAUCCUCCCCUUUCUCUUCCACUCUCCCAUUCUCUGAACACACACACACUCCGCCUCCCCCUCUCGGACUCACACACAUACACCCUCUCUCUUCCACUAUUCCUCACCCACCCUUUCACCCACUCUCCCAUAUCUUCAACCCCACCCUUCCUCACACACUCCCUCUCUAACCCACACAUUCUCCCCUCUUCUACGCUCCCUUUCUCUGACGCACACACUCCACUUCCCAGUCCCUCUCUCUCUCUCCGACUCACACACAUAUCCCCUCUCUCUUCCACUUUUCCUUACCAACUCUCUCAUCUCUUCCACUCCCCCACAUUUGCCUUCUCACCUACCCACCCCAACAUACACACACACUUUCUCUCAUUUUUUGUCUCUUCUCUCGUAUUCAAUCAUUUUCUUCCCAAACCAAAAACACACACCCACCCACACACAUCAUUUUCUUUUUCUCAGUUUUCUCUCUCGCUUCUUUCAAAUAAUAUAUCCCAGUAAUUCAACUAUCCAUUCUAGUAAACGAGACAUAAAUGAAUCAUUUAAUUAUAUGUAUUAUAAUAUUUAAUGACCAACAUAUACCUCGAUUGCACAUACUUCACUGAAAAGAAAUAAAUAUAUAUAUUCUGACCCAAUUGCACUUGUAGAAUCAAAUUAUCUUAAAAUUGCCAAAGAAAUCUCAUUACAUUUAAUAUUGUGGUAUAAGAACACAUAAAAAAUCCAAAUAUUCUUUCUAAUCUACUAAAUUCAUUUUACUAAAAAGAAUCCCAGAAAUUAAAUGAAACUUAAUCCCUCAUCAAUCAUAAAGUCGAAUCCUUUAAAUGUCAUAGACAAGUAAUAAUUUCUAACGAUAUUAUACACAUCAUACAUAUUUGAAUUAAUCAUAAGAUAUCUUUGUCAAAUGAUAAAACCAACCAACAAAAUAUAUCGAUUCUAGUGAAAAAUAAAUUGGAUUUCCCAAAUCAAAUACAAUUUGCUCAUAAAAUUCUCAAAAUCAUUCUUAUGAAAUAAAACAAAUUCAAUUUAUCCUUUCAGUCUAUAAUUUGGACAUAAUGGCUGUACGCAGUGAGAGGGAUGUAGCAGUUGCCCACUCCUCCAUAAAAGAGUAUCAAAACCUCCAAUUUAUUGCAAUACCACUCUACACUCUAUCCAGGUUUUAUCAUAUUUAGUUCAUCAUCAAAUAAAACUUUGUCAGUUGAAAACAUAGAGUAACCACCCCGCCCCCAUGAACUGACAGUGUUUUACACAAUCUUUAAUUGUUUAAAAAAUUAUACUUUUUUGUCAAACAAAAAAUUAUCACUUCCCUUCUAGUCUAUUAUUGAAUUGUUAUCCAAGAUAAUUUUAUUCUGAUAAAAAUGUUUUAUUGGAUUCUAUAUUUGUUCAGCACAGUACAAACAUGAUACACAUCAGAGGUUUUGCAUCGUCAACCUUUUUUAUGUGCCUAAUGCCAUAAACCUAAGAAAUAUGGUGUCUUUUUUAAGUGAUAACCACUUUCGGAAUUUAUUAUUAUGUGAACAAAUGUAGCCAAAAAAGAAAAUGGAGAGAUAUAUUACACCCCCCCGCCUCAGCCCUCAUUAGAAUUUUCAACAAUUUUACGGGAAUGAGGGGGAGAGGGGCUAUUCUCGUAGCUCCCGGGCCGGUAACCUAGCUAGGUGAAGAAUGCUUCAUAAAGCUGUUCAUAAAAUUAU